AUGGCAAAAUUGAUCGAUGGUAACGAGGUAUCGGCGAGUGUUCUCAAAGAAGUGGGUGAACAACUGAAGGAAGUGAAACAGAAACAUGCAAAUUUUAAUGCGGGUCUUGCCAUUGUGCAGGUGGGUAAUCGAAGUGACUCGAAUGUGUACGUUAGAAAUAAGUUGAAACGAGCGGCGGAGAUCGGUAUGAAAACCGAGUUGGUGAAGCUGUCAGAGGAUAUAACGCAGUCGGAUCUGGAAGAGACAAUCGAGAGGUUAAAUGCCGACGAUACGAUCGAUGGCAUUAUCAUACAGCUGCCAUUGGAUUGCAAGAACGCGAUCGAUGCGGAUUCAGUGAUCGAUCGUAUCGAUCAAAUGAAGGAUGUGGACGGAUUGACUAGAGAGAACGCUGGACGUCUGAUGCGCGGCGAACUGGACCGAUGCGUAUUGCCGUGCACACCAUUCGGGUGCUUGAAGCUGGUACAGUAUGCCACUGGGCAAGAUGACUACGUGAAAGGUAAACGCGUUGUUGUGUUGGGACGGUCGAAGAUUGUCGGCUCACCUGCAGCCGCACUGUUCAUGUGGCAUCAUGGCACGACCACCAUAUGCCAUUCCCGAACCACUGACUUGAAAGCCGAAUGCCUGCAAGCCGAUAUUCUGAUCGUAGCCAUUGGCAAGAAACAACUCGUCAAAGGAGACUGGAUCAAGCCAGGUGCGGUGGUGAUCGACUGUGGCAUCAACGUAGAGGAGGUGGAGGGAGCGAAACGCAAACUCUACGGUGAUGUGGACUUGGAGGGGGCAAAGGCCGUGGCUGGUUAUAUAACACCAGUGCCCGGCGGGGUUGGCCCGAUGACCAUCGCGAUGCUCAUCAAGAAUACUUUCGACCAGGCAGUCAAAAGAAAACUUAGU